CCCACCUGGGAUUUACAAAAUAAAAGAGCCCUCCGAGUCCGACCGGAGGGGAAGAGAGAGAGAGAGAGGGGACGAGGAAGAGAAGAAGCAGAAGAAGAAGAAGAAGAAGCAACAAUCAGCAGAAGAAGGAGAAGACGGGGGUUCUGAGACCCAUCCAUCCGAAGGGCGGAAGAACCCUCGCCUCUCUUUCUAUCUCUCUCUCUCGCGUGGGUCCUCUCUCUGAGCUCGAUUAUCCUAGGGCUUCUUUCAUUUGAUUGGUACCCUCGUCGUCAAAUUCUUAAACCCUAGCUUCGAUUUCGUCCUUGGAAGAUGAGCGGCCAGGUGGGGGCUCCGCCGGGGCCCAGGAGGACCAGCUUCCAGCAGAAGAAGGCGCCUGCGCCCGCCGCCCCCAAGAAAUCGUCCCAAUCGGAGAACGUGAACGGCACUGCCACGAAUGGGAAUACCUCUAAGCCUUCCUCGCCGCCUGCUCCAUCUUCUGUUAGUGGAGAGAGGACAGUCAAGAAGCUGAGGUUGUCGAAAGCACUCACGAUUCCUGAGGGAACAACAGUAUCAGAUGCAUGUAGGCGCAUGGCUGCUCGUAGGGUUGAUGCCGUUCUGUUGACUGAUUCCAGUGCUUUGCUUUCGGGAAUUGUUACUGAUAAGGAUAUUGCUACUAGAGUUAUAGCUGAGGGGUUGAGACCGGAGCAGACUAUUGUGUCCAAGAUCAUGACAAGGAACCCUAUAUUUGUUACCUCUGAUACAUUGGCCAUUGAAGCUCUUCAGAAGAUGGUUCAGGGUAAAUUUAGGCACCUUCCAGUUGUGGAGAAUGGUGAAGUUAUUGCCUUGUUGGAUAUCACAAAGUGCCUCUAUGAUGCUAUUUCAAGAAUGGAGAAGGCCGCUGAACAGGGAAGUGCAAUUGCUGCUGCUGUUGAAGGAGUUGAGCGCCAAUGGGGAAACAAUUUUUCUGCUCCUUAUGCAUUCAUAGAAAGUUUGAGGGAGCGGAUGUUCAAGCCUUCUUUGUCAAGUAUCAUCUCCGAGAAUACAAAGGUUGCAAUAGUCUCUCUCUCCGAUCCAGUUUAUGUUGCUGCUAAGAAGAUGCGGGAGUUCCGGGUGAAUUCAGUAAUUGUUUCGACAGGGAGCAAGAUUCAAGGAAUAUUAACUUCGAAGGAUAUCCUUAUGCGGGUGGUGGCACAAAAUCUUUCACCUGAGUUGACUCUGGUUGAAAAGGUAAUGACGCCGAACCCAGAAUGUGCUACAUUAGACACGACUAUCCUUGAUGCAUUGCAUAUAAUGCAUGAUGGGAAGUUCUUGCACCUUCCAGUAGUUGACAAAGAUGGCUGCAUUGCUGCUUGUGUUGAUGUUUUGCAGAUAACUCAUGCAGCAAUCUCCAUGGUUGAAAGCAGCUCUGGAGCUGUUAAUGAUAUGGCAAACACAAUGAUGCAAAAGUUCUGGGACUCAGCACUUGCUUUGGAGCCAGUAGAUGAUUAUGACACUCAGAGUGAAAUGUCUGCAGUUAUGCCAUCAGACCUCCCAGAAAGUGGGAAAUCCAAUUAUCCUCCUCUCGGUCUCGGGACUUCCUUCGCUUUUAAGUUUGAGGACCUUAAAGGUCGCGUUCACAGGGUAAAUAGUGGCACGGAGCAUUUGGAAGAACUUUUGUCCGCUGUCGUGCAAAGGGUUGGGGCUGGUGAUGAUCAGCGGCCACAUCUCCUGUAUGAAGAUGAAGAAGGGGACAAAGUUUUGUUGGCCACCGAUGGCGACCUUGUGGCUGCUGUAAGCUAUGCAAGAUCAAUGGGAAUGAAGGUCUUAAAGUUGCAUCUUGACUUCUCGGAUGGCAGCAAGCAACCAAGUUCGAAUUCCCAAGCUGAUAUGGCAGUCGAAAAAUCUGGGAGUACCCUGGGGGCAGGUCUUCUGGCAGGGGCAGUCGUGGUGGCAGGCAUCGGGGUACUGGUCUACUUGAAGCGCACAAAGUUGUAAAUUUUUUUUGGGGUUCCCGAUCCCGAGUUACGGUUUUUUGACGUCACGACGAGGGCAAAGUUUGAAAUAAGUCACCUCGAUACGAAUUACUUAACCGAUAGAGGUGUAAGUAUUAUAUUAUAGUAAAGAAGAAAACGGGGAAAAGGGCAACAAGGCCCUUGGAGACAGGCUUUUUGAAUGGAGGGUUGGAUGCAUCUCUCCCCCUUUAUUUUUGUUGACAAGGCUGAAGCUGCUCUUUGCUCAUGAGCAGUGCUUUUGUGGCUUUUCUUCUUCCUCGUUGAAUCAAUGCAUUUUGGCCUUUUCUUAAAUGUUUAUAUAUUUAUAUUCUUUUUUAGGCAAAA